AUGGCGAUUUCACCAGAUCUUUGCUUCGUCGGCAUCCUUGUUCUGCAGAACCUGGUGACCAUCACACUUCUCACUCGGACACCAAGAAGCUCCUUUCUGCGAUGGAUAUGCCUACCCUCGAUGCUCUACCUGACCUACUUGGAGGUAGUGCUCAACAGGCUGGGCGAAACGGGGUUUGUCAUUAAAAUCAGGACGGGCGGCCACGCCUUCACCUUUCUCGUUCAACUCGUGAACCUCCUCUUCGUCACUAACGUCGACCUGACAACGAAGGCCGACAAAUCUAAGGUCGCGUUCCAGCUUCUCCUGGGUAUCCGUGGCAUUGGCACCCCAUGGCAGAUCAAGCACAUCCCUCCCUUCCCAAGGGUAAUGCGAACCCAUCCUCCGGGACGGACGCAGUACGUUGUGCGUCAGUUAGCGAUUGUGAUAUGGCAGACUCUUUUCUUCCGUCUCCUCACAAGUCCGGUGUUGGCACACGAUCCUUCCAUCUACGGUUAUGGCCAGGAGUUCGUAUACACCCCCAGGAACUGCCUCAACCGGUUCUCCGCCACCUAUAUCGAAGGGGUAAUCCCCGCCUAUUUGUUCUUAGAUAUCGUAUACCGUCUCGGGGCCAUCAUUUGCGUCGGCUCAGGCGAUCAUUCCAUUUCUCAGUGGCCGCCAUUAUUCGGGACUCUCGCGCGAUCCUACAGUAUCCGUCUCUACUGGGGAAGAUUCUGGCACCAAUACCUGCGGUGGCCCUUCACCAGCAUCUCGAAUUGCAUCACCGUCCGCAUCCUGAGGCUACCCAAGCCCUCGCUGCUAGAAUACUACGUCAACGCCUUCAUUGUCUUCGCGCUGUCCGGGUACAUGCACAUCAUCGCCAACGUCGUCGCCGGCGUCGAGGGCGCCGAUCGCUCCGUCUGGCUCUUCUUCCUCGCGCAGGUCCCUGCGCUUAUGUUUGAGGAUGGCGUCCAGUAUCUCUGGGGUGCGCUGCAGCGUUAUCGGCAGCGGCGGCGGCGGCGGCGGGGGUGUGGUCAUGGAUAUGGGCUGAAGGUGCAGCGUGAGGGUCGUGUGGUGCAGGAGCAGCAGACGCUGCAGGGGCAGCAAAGGGGAGAGAAGGGGGAUGUAGUUGGUGCUGUCGCUGCUGCCGCCUCUCCUGGUGCGGAUGUGGAUGCGGAUGCGGUUGCGGAUGUUGACGCUGGCGCUGGCGCUGGGCUGCCUCCCCUCUGGCAGCGCUGCGUGGGCUACGCUUGGCUAACCGCCUGGUUGGCGUUCUCGUUCCCCUGGUGGUAUUAUCCGAUUAUGCGGACGUUGAAGAUGAAGACUGGCCAGUCGGCGGCGACUUUGAGUAGCGGGGGUGCGGUGGGUCUUGAGGUGCCUGUUCUGGCCGGGUUGGUGGCUGCUGGUGCGGUUGUGCUCCAUGUGGUAUUUAAGGCCGAGCCGUGAG